AUGAGCGAUCCGCUCCGCCGAGGACGGACGGCGGCGCGGGCGGAUCGGAUCGCACAUGAGUCGUCCCGUGUCCAUCAGGCGUUUCCGCGUCGAUCGGACGAUGCGCCCCGGUUCGGAGCGGGUCGAACCGGCGGGAGUCGACGACGAGUUCGCUCGAGCGCGAUACGGCACGGCGAAAAAGCGGCCUUCCGCUUCCAAGAAAACGCAACGGUUUCGAGCGGCCCCGUUUCGGUCACGAGACACUAG